CCUUUAUCGGAAUAUGUGUCUUCUCUCCUUCGUCUUGUGUCUACUUCCGGUGGUCAUCUCCGCCGCAGCACCACCACUCCAGCCGGGAUACUACGCCAAAUCCUGCCCAAAUGCAGAGCUCAUCGUCAGAGAUGUGAUGAAGAAGGCGAUGCUCAGAGAACCCAGAAGUGGAGCUUCUGUCAUGAGACUUCAAUUCCAUGAUUGUUUCGUUAACGGAUGUGACGGGUCGCUGUUGUUGGAUGAUACUCCGACCAUGCUUGGGGAGAAACUCUCUUUGUCCAACAUAAAUUCAUUGAGAUCGUACGAGGUUGUCGAUGAAAUUAAGGAAGCUCUUGAGUCGGCCUGCCCUCAUAUUGUUUCUUGUGCAGACAUCAUUAUCAUGGCCUCUAGAGAUGCUGUUGCUCUGAGUGGAGGUCCAGAUUGGGAAGUGAAAUUGGGAAGAAAAGACAGUUUAACGGCGAGCCAGAAAGAUUCCGACGACAUAAUGCCGAGUCCGAGAGCCAACGCAAGUUCCCUUAUCGAUCUUUUUGCCAGAUUCGAUCUCUCAGUUAAAGAUCUCGUAUCCCUUUCCGGUUCUCACUCCAUCGGAAACGGCCGUUGCUUCUCCAUCGUCUUCCGGCUAUACAACCAGUCAGGCACCGGCCGGCCAGAUCCCACCAUCGAGCCUAAGUUCCGGAAAAAGUUAGACAAGCUUUGCCCUCUUGGAGGAGAUGGGAAUGUCACCGGCGAUUUGGACUUCACGCCUCAUGUUUUUGAUAAUCAGUACUUUAAAGAUUUAGUGAACGGAAGAGGGUUUCUUAAUUCCGAUGAAACGUUGUUUACUUUUCCGGAAACGAGAGGGUAUGUGAGAAGGUAUAGUGAGGAUGAAUCAGAGUUUUUUAGGGAUUUUGUCGAUGGGAUGAUAAAGAUGGGGGACUUGCAGUCAGGGCGGCCGGGGGAGAUUCGGAGGAAUUGUAGGGUGGUUAAUGACCCGCCGCAGGUGGAGGUGGUGGUCGGGGGAUUCAGGGAUAGGAAAAUCUUGAGCCGGUGAUUUGUGAUGUCGUCUUAAAUACGAGUAUAAUUUAUAUCUGCUAAAAGUGCUACAUAUGUUCUCAGAUUAGUCAAUGCGCUUCAUAAUACGACGC